AUGAAUUACAACUUGAACACAUUUGUGUCUGACAUUCAGAACCAAAAUUAUGCCAUUCUCAACCUAGACCUGAACAAGAAUGGUCGAUUGGUAGCCAUUUUGCAGAACCAAUUGAACAAUAAUGGACAAGCUAUGGACGAUAAAUCGAUAGAGGAAUAUGUUGAGUCUCGGAACUUUCAUGGGGGAAGAUGGACUCGUUUUAACAUUAUGAUAACGUCUUUUCUACAAUAUUGCAGAGACGUCAACCCGUGGUCCUCAUGGGAUAGCAGUGAUCUUAUCUUUAAAUACUAUUCAGAUUUAAACAAUUGUCUACUAAAUGAUUCCUACCCAUGUGAGGCGCUAGUCCCUGUUUUCAUAGAGGUUACUGAGUUUAUUAUUCCAUUGGCUAGGGAAUUAGAUAACCAUUAUCUUGAGUUGAAAAUAAAAAAACAUCAAUUCUUAUCACAUACUUCGAUGAUUAUUUCGAAACUUUUUAAUAGUAUUAAAUCAAAUAGUGAAAACGUAACUGAAAUUUUUGAACAAUUGCCUCAUAAACAACGUAUUUUGUUAUACUUGGUAAAUAAAUUGAAUAAUAUUUAUUUCAGAAUAGAAUCCCCACAGUUAUGUUCUAAUAUAUUUAAGAAUUUUAAACCUAAAUGUUCGUUAGCUAAUUUUAGUCAAUUUCCAAUUAAUGAACAGAUAGAAUAUAGAUAUCUUUUAGGUAGAUAUUACUUGUUAAACUCUCGAAUAUUGAAUGCAUUUGUACAACUGAACAACUCUUUCCGUUUAUUACUUGGUUUAACUUCGAUACCAAAUGUUAAUCAGACGCCUCAGUUGCAGAGAAAUAUUAAAAGGAUACUAAAAUUUUUGAUUCCGACUGGAAUUUUGAUAGGUAAAAGGUUUAGAUUUGAUGUCUUAUCUCAUUUCCAUCCAGAAAUGGUAAAUAUGUAUUCAGAAUUACAACAAAAUAUAAGGUCUGGUAAUUUGCAAAAAGUGAACAAUUGGCUAAAAUUAUACCAAGCAGAUUUGCUAGAGGCAAAUUUACUACUUAUUCUUUUAGAAAAAUUGCCAAUGGUAACAUAUAAAUAUCUUAUAAAACAUUUAAUUGUUGAAUGGUCAUUAUCGCAAGGUUUUAAUAGACUCCCAUAUGAUUUGGUUUCACGAGCUUUAAGGUUAUCAAUCGGUAAAGAUGACUAUUUUUCACUUAACGAUUCUACUACUACGAUUACUAUAUUUAAUGGUAUACAUUCUAGUGAUAACGUAGAGAAUGUUCUCGUGACUUUGAUCAAUUUAGGGUAUCUUCGUGGGAAUUGUUUCCCAUCCAUGAGACUUUGCGUCUUUAAAAAGACGAAUAACAUCAGUGAUAUAAUGCCAGCUAUCGAAGAACGGAUAACGAGUAUGUUCCCAUUGAAUGAUGAUGAUUCUUGGCUAGAGGAUUAG